AACGUUCGCACUUAAUUUGCAGUAUUGGACAAGUGUCACAUCCUGUAAUAUUCUGCCUUUUUUAAGUUCCUCGCAGCUAUUUAAAUUUGACUGUUAUCGGAUAAAAUGGCAGAAGCCGUUCUCUGUAACUCGCGAUCAUCUCUUUUCUCAUCCAUUUCGUCAGGGGAAAUAGCAAUACAAAAUGCAGAGGGAAAGAGAAAGUAGAAAUGAUCUCUUUGAUAUGGAUUUUUGUGGCUCUGGAUCCCAGAGUAUGAUGCCUAGCCUUUUUGGAGGAAGGGAUCCAUUUGAUGAUCCGUUCUUUACUCAUCCUUUUGGCCUUUCUGAUCCUGGCAUACUUGCUCAAAUGACUUCAUCCAGGAAUACACCACAGACUGAUGAAGCAAAGGGAGUAGUUAUUGAAGAACUAAAUUCUGAUGAAGAGAGAGAAAAAGGAGAUGGAGGUUCUGGGAAUGAGAAAGAUAAUCAUAAAAUGCCUGCUGGUUCAAGCAAAGAACCUUCCGUUGAGCAUCCAGAUGAUGUUGAUACUAAUGAUCCAAUAGAGAGGAAGAGCAAGAGUGUGAGUCAUGUAAAGCAGAAAAAGGUGGAAGGGACAGAGUCUCAGACUCGCAGUUUCAGUUUUCAGACUUGUGAAGUUACAUAUGGAGGUGUUGAUGGAGCAUACUAUACUUCUACAAGAACAAGAAGGGCUGGCAAUGAUGGUAUGGUUCUCGAGGAGAGCAAAGAAGCAGAUAAAACAAGAGGUCAAGCAACACAUAGGAUUUCUAAAGGAAUACAUGAUAAGGGCCAUUCAGUUACAAGGAAACUUAAUGCAGAUGGUAAGAUGGACACAGUACAAACUCUACACAAUAUGAACGAAGAAGAGCUUGCUGAUUUUGAAGAAUCAUGGAGAAGGAAUGCAAAACUUGAUUGGAGUGAUGGAUUUUCUGGGCAUCAUAAUGCAGGCUCGGGCAGUGAUGACCAAACUGGGAAGGCGGGUAGCUGGAUGCUUCCAUCCACUGCAUAUAACUAAUGAUUUAAAACCUAGAUCCGACCAGCUGUUUGGGCUGGUCUGGACUCGGAAGCAAGCCUGUUUCAGUUUUGUUCUAAAAUCAAAGUUAACUAUUGGAUCAAGAUGAAUCAGUCUGAAUUUGA